AUGGCCCGUCGAAGGGUCGCUCCAGAAAACCGCAUUCGAACUGCCCAGGCGUGUGAAAACUGCAAAAGACGAAAACAAAAAUGCAAUGGUGUAUUCCCUUGUGCAAACUGCAGCAAGCGUCAAGUCCAAUGUUUCUUUGUCGCCCCUGUGCCUGCCACUGGGGCGCUUCCAGAUGCCUCAACGGAGCAGCGUAGCAAUAGCAAAAAACGCAAGCUGGAUGAUGUGACUGGUCAUACAGAUUCACCGAAUCGAACAGGAGAACUCUCAACGACACCUAGUGGUGUCAACCCUGACCAACCUCUCCACGGCGCUGCCCUUCUGGCUAAUCUGACUGGCACUACUCACUAUUCACCGGAUCGAGCGCCAAGAGCAUCGCAGAAUAUUUCUCAAUUGCAGCAUGAGCAACAGCAACUGAAUCGGGAUUCUUUGCUUAACAUGAACACAGCAGUCUCGGCGCAAGCCGACCAGGCUGCAAGUGAUGAGGCAUCCGAUGAGACCGAUGAAGCCGAGCUACAGGGCAUGUCACGAAUGCUAGACGAUGGCAAAGGAAGAAUGCUUUACAUUGGAGACUCUGCUCCGUUAUCGUAUCUACAAACGAUCCGCCAACUUGUUGGUAGCGUCAUGGGGACCUCAAUGUUUACAGUUGACCCACAUCGACAUAAUAUCCUCGAGGCAUCGAUGCAGGCACAGCCUCUUACGUUUCAGUAUGCAAUUACGCUUCCAGAUCGCGAAGCUGCGUUGUAUCUGGUAGACUCCUUCUUUACUAACACGAAAGGAAUGUUACAUCUGUUCGAUGAGCAAGUCUUCAAACAACGUGUUGAACGCACAUAUCAGAACCCCCUCGCAGCAGAUCAGUCAUGGAUGUGCAUUUUGUACCUUGUUUUCGCCGUGGGCCUCCAACUGCGGUGCGUUCCGGCUCAACCGUCACCAAAGGAAGCUGCAAUCCUCAAAAGAUUACUUUCCGACAACGUGGACCGCAGUGAGAUGUUCUUUCUAGGUGCAAGGCAUCUCAAAGACUCUGCCUCGGGGAUUGAAGAUGGUGAUUUUGCAUCCAUUCAAGCCCUGCUGCUCAUGACUUUGUAUAUGUUAUCGGUGGGGAAGCGGAACACCGCCUGGGCUUAUAUUGGCAUGGCUGUACGACUUGCAUAUGCGUUAGGAUUGCAUAGAGCCGAGACGCAACGAGUCUAUGAUGAGACGAACAAGCAUUCGAUGUCUCUGCCAAGAGUUCUCCUCUGGCGUAGCCUAUACAUUAUGGAUCGAUUCCUAGCGUCCUGCCUUGGUCGGCCAACUUCAAUUCAAGAUGAAGAAAUUUCCGAAGAGCUUUUCCCUCACAAAGACCGAUUCACAACCUUGUCUCCAGGAGCCGUGGACAGCUUUGAAUUCGAAGCUCUCUAUUCUUCCGUACAAGCGGCCCAGAUACAUGGUAAUAUCUUGCAUCAGAUCUACCGAUCACGUAAAGUGUCCUUAAAAAUUGCGCGAAAUGUCGCAGUUCAGAUCCACGAGUGGACACAAUCCCUGCCAGAGAUUUUACAAUGGCGUCCGACCCCCAUGCCAGACGAUAACCCCGGAAAAGCCAUAGGUCAACUGCAUGUGUGGAUGACAUAUUUCCAUACCAUCAUUCUCCUCACUCGACCGUUUUUACUACUCCACGUCAAGAAAAUUAUUGCUCAGGAACGCCGGAGACCCAACCCUCCUCCUUCUCAUAAAUCACCAGAUGCAUCGGAGACAGUUGCAAGUUCUCCUAGCGAGAUUCGGGUAGCGGAAAAUCCCGAACUUAAAAAGUACUCUGCUGCUUGUGUCAGAUCCGCGACGCAUAUGAUUCGUGCUGUGCAGACGAUUCGUGUGAAAGGGUGCUUACCGAGGAGAAAUCCUUUCAUAAUAAACUGGAUGUUCAUCGCAGCCCUCAUCGUAUUGACGAAUUCCUUCUUCAACGUCUACGAAAACCCCGAGAAUGACUCAAUCGCCCAAAUGGCCAUCUAUCUACAUCAACAUUUUGCCGAAUCCGAUCUAUUAGCAGCUCGUUACCUGCAUAUUCUCAAAUCGUUCCAGAAAACCAUUGCCGAUCGUCGAUCAAUGAAUGGUUUGUUAGAGACGACAAACAAGCCCUAUCCGAUGAAGGAUCCAAUUGAGGAUCUGUUCUCAGGAAAGGCACACCUUUCUCAACGUCGCGGUCACACCAACAGCGGAAAUACCGCUACUACCAUGCCGCCCCCGGAUCUAGCCACACAGCCGGCACAAUUGCCGGUGUCAUGGGAUUGGCCCCCAUCCGCUACUUUUUUGCCUCAGGUCAACAACGCGGCUGGAGAUAGUACUCUGCCCAAUAUGGUCACUACAGCAGGCCUAGAUCUAUCUUCCAUACCCGGAUUAUCUGGUGACCGCCACAACCAAUUCGGGGAUAAUGUCGAGGGACUCGUUUUCCCGGGCGCAGAGGAACUUUUGGGUCCUGAUCCGGGCCCCGUUCUUGAGGAGGUUAUUCAUUUCGAUAUGUUGUGGCCGCUUAAUCAGGACACGGGGUUCUACUCUGGGAAUAUACCCAUGUAUGGGAUGGAUAGUUAUUUGUAA